AUGGCUCCAACAAAGAAAGCUGGUGUUUUAGGUGCCACUGGUUCAGUCGGUCAACGUUUUAUCCUAUUAUUAUCAGAUCAUCCAGAUUUUAAAAUCGAAGUUUUAGGUGCUUCUUCAAGAUCAGCUGGUAAACCAUAUUCAGAAGCUGUUACAUGGAAACAAACUUCAUUAUUACCAGAAAGUGCUAAAUCUAUCCCAGUUUCAGAAUGUACUGUUGAAGCUUUCAAAGAUUGUGAUGUUGUCUUUUCAGGUUUAGAUUCUGAUUAUGCAGGUCCAAUUGAAAAAGCAUUUGUUGAAGCUGGUUUGGCUGUUGUUUCAAAUGCUAAAAAUUAUAGAAGAGAACCAGAUGUUCCAUUAAUUGUUCCAAUUGUUAACACUGAUCAUUUAUCUAUUAUUGAAAGCAAAUUAAAGAAAGCCGAAGAAGCUGGUGAAAAACGUCCAGGUUUCAUUGCAUGUAUUUCAAAUUGUUCUACAGCUGGUUUAGUUGCACCUUUGAAACCAUUAGUUGAUGCUUUUGGUCCAAUUGAUGCUUUAACUGCAACCACUUUACAAGCUAUUUCAGGUGCUGGUUUUUCACCAGGUGUUUCAGGUAUUGAUGUCCUAGAUAACAUUGUUCCGUAUAUUAGUGGUGAAGAAGAAAAAAUUGAAUGGGAAACCAAAAAAAUCUUAGCUCCAUUAAACAAAGAUCAAACUGGUGUUGAAUUAUUAAGUCCUGAAGAAAUAAAAGUUUCUGCUCAAUGUAAUCGUGUUGCAGUUUCUGAUGGUCACACUGAAUGUAUUUCAUUAAGAUUUAAAAAUAGACCAGCUCCAUCAGUUGAACAAGUUAAACAAGUUUUACGUGAUUACGUUUGUGAUGCUUACAAAUUAGGUUGUCAUUCAGCUCCAAAACAAACCAUUCAUGUUUUAGAAGAAGCUGAUCGUCCACAACCAAGAUUAGACCGUGAUAGAGAUGCUGGUUAUGGUGUGUCUGUUGGUCGUAUUAGAGAAGAUCCAUUAUUAGAUUUCAAAAUGGUUGUCUUAUCACAUAAUACCAUCAUUGGUGCUGCUGGUGCCGGUAUCUUGAUUGCUGAAAUCUUGUUAUCCAAGAAACUUAUUUAG